CUUGCCGGUGCAUCAUCGACGCUGCCAACUAGGUACUUCGAAGUAGGAGCCAAGCAGCGGAAGCCUGGUAUUACCUUGAUGUCGCAGUCGGCUAGACUAGAGACGACGGAGAGCAGGAAAGAGAAGACACGGAGGACAGGUGUGUGCAAUCCUGCUGCUGCGCGACCUACUGGACAUUCUACUAGAUACGACGAAGGACCAGGCCGACAAGCAGGCAAGGCUUGCAACGAACAGAAUCGGAGAGGACUUUCGGCAGAGCGGAGACUGAGGCGUUGUGCAACAACUCUUAGACUGCAUCAGUGAACAAGUCGGGAACAAAAUCUCUACCCCAAUACUAGGCGCAGCAUUGCAGCGCCAGUCUGACUCGCAGACCAGUCCAGUCCGGCAGUACUGUGCAGUGAGGAGGCAGUACACUCACUGUAGUGGAGAUUAAGCCGGUCAUGGCCACUGACGCAGCCGGAAAGGCCGGUGGACAGCGUCGUCCACGACGACUGCGCAGCGCACGCUUCAUCAACAAGAAAGGGACUGGUGUAUCGAAAAGCAUCAAGUAUGCUCUCUUCUUCUCCAACUUGGUGGUCUGGCUGCUAGGUGGUGGCCUGAUCGGUGUCGGAGCAUACGCCAAGACCUGGAGCGAUACUUGGGGAAGCUUCAGCAAUGUCGGCACAGACCCAGCGCUCAUGCUGAUCGUCGUUGGCACGAUCGUCUUCUUUCUCGGGUUCUGCGGUGCCGUGGGAGCGUUGCGCGAAAACCGGUUUCUCCUGAGAAUCUUCGUGGUCUCGAUGACUAUUCUGGUGGUCGUUGAAGUAGCCGCCAUGGGCUUGGCCUUCGUAUUCCAGGGCAAGGUAAAAGAGCAAAUCUCCGUCAACAUCAUUGAUGCCAUCAAGAUCUACCAUACGAGCAACAUGCAGACAGACUUAGAGGAUGUGCUUGACAACGUGCAGAAACAUUUCGGCUGCUGCGGUGGCAAGUCGCCACGUGAUUGGCCCACGUACAACCCCUAUUUCAACUGCACUAGGGACACCUUCCAUAGCCUGCUGACGGCCUGUGGUGUUCCGCCAUUCUGCUGCAAGAACGAGACGGUCAACACGCAGUGUGGCUACAAGGUCUUCUACUAUCCGGGUAUGCCCGUGUCUGAAUCACGGAUGUGGCCCAGCAUUGAGCGUAUGGAGGAGCUAGUGUACAAGAAUGGCUGCGCUACGACGCUUGUGCAGUGGGUGAAGAGCAACUACAUCAUCCUGGGAGCCUGCGCCCUCUGCAUAGUAAUGCUGCAGAUUCUGAGCAUUGUGGGAGCAGGAUCAAUCUUGAUGACUGUAAACGAACUGCUGGAGACUUUGUAAACUCGCAUCAUUAUUAUCUAUAUCAACCAAAACCUUCAAAUAAUUGUAAACUCAGUCCGACAAAUUUCGGAACAUUGUUAACAUUUAAAAUUCCAUCAUUAUGUGAAGUCUAUAAUUACCGAAACCUUCAUUUCGUUAAUAAUGGAGCAUUCACCCUAAAUCUGCAUCAUCUUCCCUGUGCACAAGUUCACAAUCAUAGAACAGUCUUGGUUUUUUACUGAUUUCUUUCUUUAUGGGUCUGUUUGUGAGAUGGAAAAACAGCACGGUACAACUGACAGCGUGAAUAAAAAAAUCGAUGGUAUGGUAAAGUUAAGAAAAAGUCUACUUCUUCUUUCCGGCCUUCUGGGCGCUCUUUGUUGCCUUGGCAGUAGCAUCGACCUUCUCGACGGCCUUGAUGACACCGACGGCAACAGUCUGUCUCAUGUCACGGACAGCGAAACGUCCCAGGGGAGCAUAGUUGGUGAAGGGCUCAACGACCAUGGGC